CAUCGGGCCAUCGUCAAAUGAAAUCAUUCCAGGGAUAUUGGGUCGAGAGGCUUGCCUGGAACAUAUCCAUGGGCUGUAUUAAGACCAAUCCAGGACGGCCCAAACUUUCCGAGUGACAGACAUAGCAGCACGUGUGAAAAACUGUUUAGCGUGCCAGUGCCAACUACCUUCUCCUUCUCUCCCUCUUCUCUCUCACAGUCACCAACUACAACCAAAACGACAAAUCUCGUAAUCGGGCCCAAAAAAAAAGCCCAACAUUAAUGAUUAAUUAAUAAGAAAAAUGCAGACUUUGAAUCCAAACGUCGGAGUGCUGCUGCUCUAGCUUUCGUCGCUGCAAAUUCUUCUUCAGUUACUCCAACGGAAAAUCUGCUGGGAGAGAGAAAGAGGAAAUAAACGAGAGGGAGGAGCUAGAGCGACGAAAAUGUCGAGCUGGACGAUCGCUUUCAAGCCAUUCCAAAUCCCAGCACUCCUCAACCUCCCUCUCCGUCGUCCCCAAUUCGCCGUCGGCGGUGUCUUCGUCGGCUCCACUACCACCCUCUGCCGCUCUUCCCGCCUCGCUUCCUCUCCUUUCGCUUCCAUGUCCACCUUCACUCUCCCCUCCAAAAAAGAGGCUGUCAAGACUGAAAAGGCGCCGGCCGCUCUUGGCCCUUAUUCUCAAGCUAUCAAAGUCAACAACCUUGUGUUUGUUUCUGGGGUUUUGGGUCUCAUUCCAGAGACUGGGAAAUUCGUCUCCGAGAAUGUUGAGGAUCAGACGGAGCAGGUCCUCAAGAACAUGGGAGAAAUUCUGAAAGCUAGUGGCGGAGACUAUUCCUCGGUAGUCAAGACAACCAUCAUGUUGGCUGACUAGGCUGACUUCAAGAAAGUGAAUGAGAUCUAUGCAAAAUGUAAGUAUGGAGUAAUGUAGGACGUGCUUGUGCUGUAGCUGAUACAAAUAUAUUUCCAUGCACUUCAUACGAUGCCCUUGUGACUCUGUAGCACUAUACCUGCUGUAGGAACACCUUACCCCACUAUAUUGGAUAAUAGGUCCAUUAUUUCUGUUAUAUGUUUCUGUUUCUUUGGCAUGGAACUUGGAUUGGCAUCUCAUAUGAAGCAUGCAUCCUUUGACUUAUAGAAACCCUUCAACAACUUAAAUGGAAACUUAGAAGGGAAAAAAUAUCAUAUUGUUGGGAAAAUGUUUCUGACCAUUUGCUUUUUCUGCUUACAGAUUUCCCUGCUCCAUUCCCAGCUCGAUCAACGUAUCAGGUAGCAGCAUUGCCGUUGAAUGCCAGGAUUGAAAUCGAGUGCAUUGCAGAACUUCCUCAGAAGAUCGAAGCUCAACCUGUCUAGGUAAAACAAACCUGAAUGUAGUCUUGGAAACCGAGGUUAGUAAUAAGCAAGCAUGGGAAGGGAUCUCGAUAGAUGAAAAAUUGAUCAUUAGGCAUUUUCAGUUGUAACCCUCUUGAAUAUGUGUGUCCACAACUGUUGUCCAGUUUGUAAGUUGGUGGCAGUACUCUGCUCGCCGAUAUCCUUCGUGUAGCAAUUCAAUAGAGAGGGUGACCUCCCUGUAAGAAUUAUAUGGUAAUGCACCCAGUGAGAGUUGAAUCUGUGCUGAAAAUAAGUUAUAACGCUUGGUAUCUGCAGCGUUCAUGUUUUGGCGUUUGAAAUGGGAUCUGACAAUUUAAUCCGUUCCUUGUGUAGCUAUUUUGCCGAACUUUCUCUUACGAUUGAAGAACGCAUACUAGUCUGACUGGGUUCCAUCUUAACAUAUGGUUAUUAAUUAUUAUGUAUUACCCUUUGCUAUCUCUUUCUGGAAAGCCACUUGUUCUUAUGAAGAUAACUCAUUGUUGAAUCUGAGAACAAGAUCCUUGUAGCGAUCCUUGCAGACCUUGGAAUGUAUGGUUUGCAUGCCAAGUCAUCUCCCAAUAUUUUGGGCGAGAGUAAUUAUUGUCAUUAGCUGGAACUUGAACAAAGGGUUUCCUGACAUUACUUAAUAGCAGGAUCUGGCUUCCAUCAGCUGGUAAACUACUGAUCAAUAAAUAUUAUUAUUGACGAACAGCUGAUCAAUGAAUGCUAUUGCCGAUU